GCGCAGGCGGCCGGACCCCGGCCUGGCGUUACCCCACCCCACCCCCAUCCCUAGGCUCCCCCAGGGCUCCUCCGCCUGCCUCCAGCUAGCCUCCCUUAUUGUCCUCGCUCGCCCCAGCCUCGUGGCGCGGGGGGGCGCUCCACUCACGUUUCCCCUUGGCCUGGGCCCCCGCCCCUCAUGCACUCCCCCGGUCCAUGCCCCCCUACCCCCGCCCCAGGCUCCACACCCACCCGGUCUUUGCUGCCUCCCCCGUCCCGGGUGCCACGUGUUCAGGCCGCUCAGCCUCCUGCCCCGCCCCAACGCACCUCGCAGCCUGGCCGGCAGCCUGACCCAGAACCCCUGCCCCGGAGGGAGGGGUGGGAAUGUUUGCACGUGGGUCCGGGUGUUGUGAGCUGCCCGGGAGCCUGUAUGUAUGGCUGUGUAAGUCCAGGAGCAGCGGCUUUGUUUGUGAGUGUGUGACUCUGUGCAUUACUGUUACUGUCGCCCGGGUGUGUCUGUGACUGUAUGUAGUUCUCUGUGUGUCUGAGUGUGGGUGACAAUAGCUGGGGCCAAGGGUGUCUGUGUGGUUGUGUGACACUGUGUAUCUGUGAGGGAGACUCACCCUGCUCCCUGAAGCACGACCAGAAGUGCUUCCAGAAGUGUUGCUGCUCUCUUGGAAGCACAGCUGGAGCUGUGGCCCCAGCGAGACCCUUUCUUGCCUUGCUGAUGCUGCGCAGGUCUCCAGGGCCCAAGUGUUCCCACCUCUGGGAAUCAGAACCAGCAGUGCCGGGCAGGCCCAGGGAGCUCAUCUCAGUCCUUAGGGUCCUAGGGAGUGGUGUCCCCUGCCCCACCCUGUAUUUUGACCUCUGGCUCCGGAGGGAAGGGAUCCCAUAAACAUCUUGUCCAUAUUGGGCCGUCUGGAUGCUGAGGGCCACUUCCCUGCCUGCUGGCUUGGCCUGUUUGCCAUUGGGACCUGUCUGACCAAACCACUGCCCAGCAUGCUCCUGGGAGGACUAAGUGAAGUCAUGAGUACAAAGCACUCUUGCAUGGUAGAAUGAGUCCAUGAGUGUCAAAGAGUGUGAGCAGGCCAGCAGCCGGAUGCCCGGGCCCACUGUGCGGGCCAGCGGCCGCCUGCGGGAUGAGCAGACUGCUGGGGGGGACGCUGGAGCGCGUCUGCAAGGCUGUGCUCCUUCUCUGCCUGCUGCACUUCCUCGUGGCCGUCAUCCUCUACUUUGACGUCUACGCCCAGCACCUGGCCUUCUUCAGCCGCUUCAGUGCCCGCGGCCCUGCCCGGGCCUUCCACCCAGCUGCCAGCAGCACCACCAACUGCUCUAGGCCCAACGCCACUGGCCCCAGCUCCGGGCUCCCUGAGGCCCCCAGUGCCCGGCCUGGCCCCACGGCUCCCGGCCUGCCACCCUGUCCUGACUCGCCGCCUGGUCUCGUGGGCCGGCUGCUGAUCGAGUUCACCUCCUCCAUGCCGCUGGAGCGGGUGCAGAGGGAGAAUCCAGGCGUGCUCUUGGGCGGCCGCUACACGCCGCCCGACUGCACCCCAGCCCAGACGGUGGCUGUCAUCAUCCCCUUUCGACACCGGGAGCACCACCUACGCUACUGGCUCCACUAUCUGCACCCCAUCCUGAGGCGACAGCGGCUGCGCUACGGCAUCUAUGUCAUCAACCAGCAUGGUGAGGACACCUUCAACCGGGCCAAGCUGCUCAACGUGGGCUUUCUAGAGGCGCUGAAGGAGGACGCCACCUACGACUGCUUCAUCUUCAGUGAUGUGGACCUGGUCCCCAUGGAUGACCGCAACCUGUACCGCUGUGGCGACCAGCCACGCCACUUUGCCAUUGCCAUGGACAAGUUUGGCUUCCGGCUGCCCUAUGCUGGCUACUUUGGAGGCGUGUCGGGCCUGAGUAAAGCCCAGUUCCUGAGAAUCAACGGCUUCCCCAACGAGUACUGGGGCUGGGGUGGUGAGGAUGACGACAUCUUUAACCGGAUCUCCCUGACUGGGAUGAAGAUCUCGCGCCCAGACAUCCGCAUAGGCCGAUACCGCAUGAUCAAGCACGACCGGGACAAGCAUAACGAGCCCAACCCUCAGAGGUUUACCAAGAUUCAAAACACGAAGCUGACCAUGAAGCGGGACGGCAUUGGAUCAGUGCGGUACCAGGUCUUGGAAGUGUCUCGGCAACCGCUCUUCACCAAUAUCACAGUGGACAUUGGGCGGCCUCCAUCAUGGCCCCCUCGGGGCUGACACUAAUGGAAAAAGGCUCCCAGUGCCAAAGAUUGCCUGCCAGAGGACUGACUGACAGCCUGGCUGGCGGCGGCUCUGUGAGGGAUCCCCCAGGACUGAGACUGUGGGAUCUGUUUUCUGAGGGUCUUCAGUAGGCCCCCCAGCUGCACCUGGAAGUUUCAGAACCUACUUUGUGGGGGCUUCCAUCCUGGGCCGGCCCCUCAAGUGUAGUCCUCUCUGGGGUCAACCCUCCUUCCUGCCCCUCCGUCCCCAGCCCAACCCCCUCACUGUCAGGUUCGGGCCAGCCCCUGCACUGCCUCGCUGAGUGGCCUGGGCUAGGUCACUCUACCUCUCUGUGCCUCAGUUUCCCCCCCUUGAGUCUCCUAGGGCCUGGAAGAGUGGGAGGUAUGACUAGGGGGCAGUGUCACUUCCAGGGGGAAUUCUCAGAUCUGGGGAUCCCCCAUGCUCCCAGGGGAGGGGAAACCUUUUUCAUUCAACAUUGUAGGGGCAAACUCUGGGGCGCCCCGUGCUGAGGAGCAGCCCCAGGAGGGGACCAGAGGGCGUGCUGUGUCGCUGCCUGGGAUCUUGGGGCUGGGCUUCGAAUGGGGGUGGGUGGGGCUUGGGUCAGUCUGGUUCCCGCCUCCCUGUCUCGCAGAGAAGGCAGUAGCCCCAGGGCCGGCUCGUGUUUGUACGUUGCACAGAAACUUGUGUGGGUGCUUUAGUAAAAAAUGUGAAUGGAGCAGCCCCUUUGUCUGUUUGGGGAUGGGGAUCUGGGUCCCUGACCCGGACUCUGAGUGGGUUGUGGAAGGGCGCCUAGCCCAACUUAUCAGUGUGAUCCAGGUUGUCCUGGUUACCCCCCCGCCCCGUCCCGGCCCCUCCAAGGGCAGCCACUCCUUAAGCUUUGCCCGCCCAAAGGGGAAAGGUUUACCCUGCCGCUGCCUCCGGGCCAGAAGAGGCAACGGAGUAAUAAACCCAGUGGGCUCAGAUUUCUCGGUCCUUUCACCUGCCCCGAAGCCGAAAGGCGCCCAGAGAUGAGCCGAAGGUGCUUGGGGUCAGGGCUCUGUGGGUUCGGACUGUAAAACCGCCUACCUCGGCCGUGGGUCGGACUCCCGGCGGGCAGGCG